UUAUGAUUAUGAUGGGAUAUGACAUCAUUCUUGAUUCUUCUUUGGCAGUCCAUGAAGGUUAAACAGAGAGUGCUAAGGCUGUGAACGUUCAAGAGUGUCCUCGAAGUCUGUUUGACCUUAGUCCAGCUCUCUGACCUGUGGUGCAAAUGUCUCUUCUUGGAUCACAGGAAUGUGAAGAAUAUAAAUGGGUCAAGUCCUGAAGAACAACCAUUCAGCUAUCUCUACUUUUUCCCUUCAAUGUCCUCAGGAAAAGGAAAUGACAUCCCUGAUGACAAAGUGCUAAUGACCGCAUCAGGACCACUGUGAAAGACACACAAUACCUGAACUUGGAGAAAAGUGGAGGCAGGAGGAUUGUUCGAACACUGGCAUCAUUUUCAAGCGGAGAUGAGACUGAAAGCAGCAGUCCAAGCACAACAGACAAUGAUGAGACAGAGCGAUGCAUGAAAGAAAGCAUUGAUCCUAGUGUAGCUCAGUGAUGCUGCAAACCACAUGUCCCCCAACGAGGGGCGGGUGUGUUUUGCUUUCUGUCUUUCACAAAAAGACUUUCGCUUGAGUGGAGCCAGUAUCCCCAAGGCUAAAGCUAAUGGCAGACUUUUCGUAGUUCGUCUAAUUCUCUAACACAGAGAAUUCUGUAAAUGAAGGAGAUGACGUGAUGAUUGAUCAUGAUAAGUCAGAAUAUGAAAGGAUGGUUUGACAUGCUCCACCAAGUUCCUUGCGGUCACUUGGAUUGCUGCUGAGCUGGAGAGGACACUGCUGGAAGGGAGUGGCCUCUUCCUCCCAUUGGGAUAAUGCACACAUCCCCUGUGCAGAUCUCUGCAGCCACCAUGAGCAACAUGACGGUGCUUGACACAGCUGACCCUUUUGACCUUGACAUGACCUCCGACAAGGCCAUCUACCCCAUCAGCUUCCAGGUUUCUCUGACAGGCUUCCUGCUUCUGGAGAUAGUUUUGGGCUUGAGCUCCAACCUCACUGUGCUUGUCCUCUACUGCAUGAAACAGAACCUCAUCAGCUCCGUCUCCAACAUCAUCACCAUGAACCUGCAUGUGGUGGAUGUGUUGGUGUGUGUUUGCUGUAUCCCCCUGACAGUAGUGGUGGUGUUACUUCCUUUGGAGGCAGACACAGCCAUGGUCUGCUGUUUCCAUGAGGCUUGCGUCUCCUUUGCAAGUGUAGCUACUGCUGCUAAUGUCCUGGCCAUCACUGUGGACCGCUAUGACAUCUCAGUACGACCGGCCAAUCGUGUGCUUACGAUGGGCCGAGCUGUGGCUCUACUGGGAUCCAUCUGGGCUCUAUCCUUUUUCAGUUUCCUGGUUCCCUUCAUGGAAGUUGGCUUUUUCAUCAGCUAUGGUUCAGACCUUGUGAACCAGACUGCAGUGGUCACAGUAGCUCACACAAAUGAGUAUUACACAGAGCUGGGUUUGUACUAUCACCUGCUAGCACAGAUCCCUAUAUUCUUUUUUACAGCAGUGGUAAUGCUAGUGACUUACUACAAGAUCCUUCAGGCACUUAACAUCCGCAUUGGAACACGCUUUCAGCACAACCUACCUAAAAAGAAACAAAAGAGCAAAAACACUAUCUCUCUGAGUACUGCGACACAAGCAGAGUCGACUGACGCUUCACAGAGUAGCACAGGAGUCAGAGCAGGUGGGAAUGCACCUUUGGGCAUGCGGGCAUCAGUGUCAGUCAUCAUUGCGCUGAGACGAGCAGUGAAACGUCAUCGGGAGAGACGGGAGAGACAGAAACGAGUCUUCAGGAUGUCUCUUCUCAUCAUCUCCACAUUCUUACUCUGCUGGACUCCAAUAACUGUGCUCAACACCAUCAUCCUCAGCACUGGGCCCAGUGACUUAACUGUUCGUCUUCGCCUGGGCUUCCUGGUGAUGGCCUACGGAACCACCAUCUUCCACCCACUUCUCUAUGCCUUCACUCGGCAGAAGUUCCAAAAGGUUUUAAAAAGCAAGAUGAAGAAGAGGGUGGUGUCUGUGGUAGAAGCUGACCCUACACCUAACAAUGUGGUCAUCCAUAACUCGUGGAUUGACCCCAGGAGACAAAAGAAGGUCACCUUUGAGGACGCAGAAGCCAGGCAAAAAUGUCUUUACUCGCAGGAUGCAGAGUAAGGGCAUGAACCCAAAGUGUACAUAUGUCAGAUAUGAAGAGUAAAUGGGAAUAGGUUACAGUCUACUCCUAAAAAUAAAGUAACAGGCUACAGCAGAAACAUUUUUAAAACCAGUAUUUUAUAUGUACAAUAUAUAUACAGUAUAUAUGCAGUAUAUCUUUAACUUUGGAGUACAACAAUCCUGGGCAGCUUCAUAAGUUAAUACUAAAAUCAUGACCUCAGAGGAAUAUAGAGAUUAUUUUUUCCUCAGUGCAAAAACGUGUCAUGGGCAGGAUUCAUGGGGACACAAAGAGGGUAAUUUAUUGCUAUUUAUUAUGAAAUGUCGUAGUGUGCUAUUAGGGACUAUUUAAUCAUAACCUUUUAUCUCAGCAGCGGUGCGUGUCUUUCUCUGGUUAUCAUAGAAACAAAAAGGUGAAUGUACAGCUCUAAAAAUACCUUGAAAUUGUUUGUCACCAUUUGUAAUAAACAAACAAAGGAAAAACUGUUGUUUCUCUUUCCCUUUCUUCAGCGAGGUCACCUCCGUUUUGUUAUUUUGUGAGUCUUCAAAUCUUAUGUUCAAACUAGGGUUACUGUGCUAAUAGAACCAGUAUUUUUGCAAGAAAAUUUCAUUCACUGGUGAAGUAUCGAGUGAAACUAGUACAUAUGAGCUUCCCAUUUCUCCUCCUGUACAGUUUGAUUCCAAGACAGAAAAC